AGUUAUGGUCUGAGACGCCCUCGACUUCCUUUCAUGAAGGGGCGGGCAAGACUUGGACUACGCUUCCCAGCUUGCUUUGCGGCCAAUUUUCCCUCCCUCUUCCUGACGCUCCUCCUCCCAACAUCACCUCCCUGGAUGAGCUCUGUAGCCUUUCAGUCAGCGCUGGAAUCCUGACUCCCAUUUCCUCCUUUACCCUCCUCCAGCCCCUCCAAGCCGGAGCUCCAGGGCGGGCGGCCAGGGUGGGCGUCGGGGGCGACGCAAAGCCGAGGCCGGGAAAAGAUAUAACUGUCUGUAUUUUACAAAUGAAACAACUGAGCUUCUGUGAAUGAGAAAAUUGGAGAAAACCUGCAACAGAGCUGAAGAAAUGAUGGAGGGCACCCCACCUCGAACCGGGCUGCACCGGGGUCAGCUUCAGUGCCGUAAUCUGCAAGAGUUCUUAGGGGGUUUGAGUCCUGGAGUACUAGACCGACUUUAUGGCCACCCAGCCACCUGCCUGGCUGUUUUUAGGGAGCUUCCAUCUUUGGCUAAGAACUGGGUAAUGCGAAUGUUGUUUCUGGAGCAGCCAUUGCCCCAAGCAGCUGUAGCCCUGUGGGUGAAGAAGGAAUUUAGCAAAGCCCAAGAGGAAAGCACAGGACUAUUGAGUGGUCUCCGUAUCUGGCACACCCAGUUGCUCCCUGGUGGCCUCCAGGGCCUUAUUCUCAACCCUGUCUUCAGACAGAAUCUUCGAGUUGCUCUCCUGGGCGGGGGGAAGGCUUGGUCAGAUGACACAAGUCAACUUGGGCCGGACAAACAUGCCCGGGAUGUUCCAUCACUGGACAAGUAUGCAGAGGAAAGAUGGGAGGUGAUCCUGCACUUCAUGGUUGGCUCUCCCAGUGCGGCUGUCAGCCAGGACCUGGCCCAGCUACUCAGCCAGGCUGGGCUCAUGAAGAGUUCUGAGCCUGGAGAGCCACCUUGCAUUACCUCUGCUGGCUUCCAGUUCUUGCUGCUAGAUACACCUGCCCAGCUUUGGUAUUUUAUGUUGCAGUAUUUGCAGACUGCCCAGAGCCGGGGUAUGGACCUGGUUGAGAUCCUGUCCUUCCUCUUCCAGCUCAGCUUCUCUACUCUUGGCAAGGAUUAUUCUGUAGAGGGCAUGAGUGAUUCCCUUCUUAACUUUCUGCAACAUCUACGAGAGUUUGGACUGGUGUUCCAAAGAAAGAGAAAGUCUCGACGAUACUAUCCAACCCGUCUGGCCAUCAACUUGUCAUCAGGUGUUACUGGUGCUGGAGGGACUGCUCAUCAGCCAGGCUUCAUUGUUGUAGAAACCAACUACCGGCUCUAUGCCUACACUGAAUCAGAACUUCAGAUUGCGCUCAUUGCCCUCUUCUCUGAGAUGCUCUACCGAUUUCCCAAUAUGGUGGUAGCCCAGAUCACUCGGGAGAGUGUGCAGCAAGCAAUUGCUAAUGGAAUCACAGCCCAGCAGAUCAUCCACUUCCUGAAGACAAGAGCACAUCCAGUGAUGCUGAAACAGAUCCCUGUACUGCCCCCCACCAUUACAGAUCAGAUCCGACUCUGGGAGUUGGAGAGAGACCGGCUUCGAUUCUCUGAGGGCGUCCUCUACAACCAGUUCCUGUCUCAGGUGGACUUUGAACUGCUGCUGUCCCAUGCCCGGGAGCUGGGUGUGCUGGUCUUUGAGAACACGGCCAAACGGCUCAUGGUGGUGACCCCAGCAGGGCACAGUGACGUCAAGCGCUUUUGGAAGAGGCAGAAGCACAGCUCCUAAGCCAGCGCCGGGGCUGCAGAGAGCACCCCAGAGACUAUCGGGGGAAACUGCGCGAGGUGCAGCCCGGCGGGUCACAGAGUGGAGUAGUAGGGCAGGGCACAUACACUGUGAGGGGCUGGAAUCGGGAGCGCUGUGCCCCGGGACAGCCCGUGGACCGGGUGCUAGCCUCGCUCCCACUACGCUCAGAAGACCUGAGUCGGCUAGCCCUGAGCUAUUUUUUUUAUCUCCUCAGAACUUUUCAUCCCCAAUAAAUUGUCCCUCCUCCCAGCGUGGGGGCA